UCCCAUCCAAGGCCGCCUGGCUCUUCACACCCGCGGCCAAGAUGGCUACCGUGAAGUGUGAGCUCCUCACGCGUUUUGCUUCGGAGAAGCCGGUUCUUCACAAUAAGGUCUCCAUUGUAGGAACUGGAUCGGUAGGCAUGGCCUGUGCCGUCAGCAUCUUAUUAAAAGGCCUGAGUGAUGAACUUGCCCUUGUUGAUGUUAAUGAAUGCAAACUGAAGGGUGAGACAAUGGAUCUUCAACAUGGCAGCCCUUUCAUAAAAAUGCCAAAUAUUGUAUGUAGCAAAGAUAUUUUGGAUAUCUUAACUUACAUAACCUGGAAGCUGAGUGCCUUUCCCAAAAGCCGUGUUAUUGGAAGUGGCUGUAAUCUGGAUACCGCUCGUUUUCGUUUCUUGAUUGGGCAGAAGCUUGGCAUCCACUCUGAAAGCUGCCAUGGCUGGGUUCUUGGAGAGCAUGGAGACUCAAGUGUUCCUGUGUGGAGUGGAGUGAACAUCGCUGGGGUCCCUUUGAAGGAUAUGAACCCCGAUAUAGGAACUGAUAAAGACCCCGAGCAAUGGAAAAACGUCCACAAAGACGUGAUUGCCAGUGCCUAUGAGAUUAUUAAAAUGAAAGGUUAUACUUCUUGGGGCAUUGGCCUAUCUGUAGCUGAUUUAACAGAAAGUAUUUUGAAAAAUCUUAAGAGAACACAUCCAGUUUCCACCAAUAUUAAGGGUCUCUAUGGAAUAAAUGAAGACGUAUUCCUCAGUGUUCCUUGUAUUCUGGGAGCGAAUGGUAUUACAGACCUCAUAAAGAUAAAGCUGACCCCUGAAGAGGAGGCCCGUCUGAAAAAGAGCGCAAAAACACUUUGGGAAAUUCAGAAGGAGCUCAAGCUUUAAAGUUGUUUACAGCUAUCCUUCUGAAGUUAUUGAAGAAGAGAUGAUAGAUAUGGGAUUGCAUAUGUCAAGCUUUUGAAUAAACUUGGAUUCC